AUGUCUAACAAAGUCAACGAGGCACUGAGCCCACCGCUGAGACCGAUCCCCAAUCCCACCGAAAUGCUCGUCAUCUAUAUCGAUGACUCUGUCCUCUCGUAUGGUAGCCAAUAUUUCCCGUCGAUGCACAAACAACUGUGCAAGCGACUUCGAGCCGUGGCCAGAAAUGGUGAACCCCCAAAGUACCAAGAGCGCGAUUGGUUCGCCCUCUAUGUCGAAGCCUGCUAUAUGUUUUCCGCCGAAGAGUAUACCGGCGGAGAUGACUUGACACCAACACCUCCGUCUAGCGACGAACCUUCCACACCUCGAGACGACGUCGAAGCCUCCCGUGGAGUUCCGCUACAGUCCCUUGGUGCGCCAGAGGUCGGAAAGCUUGGAUCAGCUGAUGACGGUUCAAAAAAGAAUAUCGACCCCAAAAUAAGAAGAACAUGCCAGAUGCGGCUUCGUUCAUCGCCCAUGGGUGACGUGGGUUUAGUUGAGCUCGACGACUGGGGUCAAAAACGAAAACAGAAGCCGAGAGGGCCGCGCGGGCUCAGUCGAUCCGCACACCCCAUCGGUAAAAAGAGCAAGACAUGA